AACAAAUAAUUUGAGUAAUCUACCUUUAUGGAGUAGCAGAAAUCCAAGACCACUCUUCUAUGAUCUUGUCAGCUGUUAUACUACUAGUGGGCAUUGUAUCUGUCGAUGGAGCAGUAAUUGGGAGUCGAGUUCAGGAUCAGACUGGGAUUGUUCAGACGUUUCUGAGCUACAGAUCUGCUAUCGGACAGGCAUUAUCGAGAAAAGGAGAAGAGGGUUUGCUGGUCCUAGCCUCCAAAUGGAACGGAACUGAGCCUAACGAGUACGCAUGUGACCCAGUGACACCUGCUCACAAGAGAACCAUCUCUGGGUACCCCUGGGUACUUCUCAUCAGACGAGGCAUCUGUGAAUUUGCUGACAAGCUGAUAAAUGCUGAAAAGGCAGGGUAUGAGUUGGUAAUUGUGUACAAUGAUCAGGAUGACAGACUUAUUCCCAUGAAUGGUGAUGCAGAUCCACAAGUCAAGGCCGUUUUCGUUGGACUGUCGACCGGAGAAACGCUUAAAAACAACUACCUUUUUAGUGUCAAUCCAUCGGCUUUGGUGACGUUAACACCCUACUACACUCUACCCUGGCACAUGUACAUUGUACCAUUCCUCAUCGUCAUCUCAAUCUGCUUCCUACUCAUGUUCAUAUUCCUGGUCAUCAAGAAAGUGCGUCGUUAUCAGAGACGCAGACGUGCACGACUUCCCACAUCCAAGCUCAAGAAGCUGAAGAUCAUAAUUUUCAGCGAAACAGACGAUUAUGAUAUGUGUGCUAUUUGUUUGGAUGACUUUGAAGAAGGAGACAAGCUGAGAAUAUUACCAUGCAAUCAUGGUUUUCACAGUCAUUGUAUAGACCCCUGGCUGACAAAAUCUCGGCGGGUGUGUCCGUGCUGCAAGCAAGCGGUGUUUCCUGACGAGAAAGUUCCAGAAACCCCUCCCUCCCCCGUUCCCCCUCCACCCCUUUCCGAGUCAAACUCCUACGAUAGUACAUCAGAACCCCAGAAUCUAGCUCCAAACAUCACGGAUUCUCCUGACGAACACACCCCCCUUGUCAGACAUGUGUAACUAUAAUCCAAGUAACUGGUGUUCCGGCACAUGAGACCCGGACACGAAAUUGGACCAUUCAGCACUCAGAGACUUGAUAUUUGCGAGCUGAUAUUGCUGAACUUUUAGUGACCAAGUUAAGAGUUGAAGAAAUAAUAUCGAGUUUAGUACUGGCGCUCAGUGAGUGUGAAUCUAACCGUCCAGACGAACAAGACUCAUUUCUGCAUUUCAUACUAAAAUCAGAGGCUCUGUAAGUCGCUGUAUAAACAAGAUCAGGCGCUUCGUCGAUAGAAACAUAGUCAAAUACCAGUAAUACAAAAGAGUAACAAAAUAACAGUUGUAAAACCAUGUGAAAUUUCUCAAGUAACAAAUUAGACUAGCCACAGAUGUCGUGUCGAUCACAAAAUGGUCCAUUCAAGCUGUAGAUACAGAAUACAGAUGACAUUCUAGCUGCGGAUAUUUAUUCAGUAAGCCCUACUUUCUGAAAUGCUAUUGUGUUAUAGAAUAAUCCUCUUUACUUAAGGACCCUUUCACAUAUUAUGUACUCAGUACUCACGUUUUGGCCAUUUAUAACCCAUCCCCCUCCGUAACCCCUUUUACACAUCCAUUAUCCUUUGUAGCUUUGUGUAAAAAUUGUACUGCCGUAAUUAUUUUGAAGCCCUCUCCCUUUAUGCUCUCUUAUGUAGAGUAGAAGACUAAGGUGGCACGUAUACUGUAUAAACAAUCCUAAUGAUAAUGUCUGGGAAUAUGUAUACACAGCUACAGUAUAUGUACACCACUACAGACUAGUUCAUUCUCCCUUAUAUUCUGUUUACAUUUAGUUUUACCUAUACACAGCCACAGUCAUUCUCCCUUAAAUUCUGUUUACAUUUUGUUUUGAUUUCGGGGAUUACAUUUUGCUUUCACCAGCCAUAAUAACAGCUCUGGCCUACUAGGGGAAGUUAUCAUCAGUUUUACGUGGAACAAAUACCCUCGGAAGAUUUAUAGACAGUUUCAUGAAAAGUCCAAAACAUUGCCAGAUUAUUUUUGUAUUUCUUUUUAGUUUUUACCGCUUCACUAAGACUCUCGUGAAACUUGUAUGGCUUCAACCGUUUUGCUUAUGUCUAAACCAUUCCUGCAAUUCAAUGUAAUCAUUCCGACAACCGUACAAUAUUUUUAGUAGCAUGUUUAUUGCGAAUAUUAGUGGCGUCUUUCAUUUUCUUGAAGAAUAUUUAUUAGCGUAUCAAAAGAAUCUUUGUUUGAUUCAGUUGAUUCUACGAGUACAAUUGUUUUUAAAAUGAGUGAAAUAAUAAAGCUUUAAUAUGCUUCCUUUCUAAUUUUAAUAAAAA